UGCGGGACCCCCGUGUGCCACACACUGCUUGGAGACCCCCCUCCCACCCCAAAGCCCGUCCCCGAGCUCUGGACGCUGCUCGCCCACCUCCUCCACCCCAACACCACCGCAGAGCACGGCCUGGCGUUGGCACCCGAUGGUUCCACCGUUGCGUUGGCACCGCUCUUCGCCGGCAUCGAAGUGGGGCUGAAGAGGGCAGCGGGGUGGCCCGGCCCCAUUGAUCAACCCGACUGGGCUGCUCUGGAUGCUCUCUAUGCCGUCACCAUCGCCGAAGCUCUUGGGACAUCCUUCCUCAUGGCACGAGUCAACGGGACGGCAGCCCUGGGACCCGAUGGCUGUUGGGAUGACGUGGACAACCCACAAAACUUCACUCCGUUGGGUCCCCCGUCGCUCGUCCCCGACGCUGUCGCCAACGGGGCAAUGGAUGGGGUGCUGUUGGGCACACGAUUGGCUGAAGAACCCAUCCCACUCUCCAUCCUAUUCCGGAGAUAUUAUGGUGUGGAGAAUGGGAUCAUAAGAGGGUGGCCUCACAGCAGCCGCCGGCGUCAGGAUUUCGGGGCGCUGACGGCAGUGGGGAAGUUGGAGGAGGAGGUGGUGGCGAUGCUGAGGGUACUGAGGGGGCUGUCACCCACCCGUGAGCUCCUGGAGGAAUUUGGGGAGGAGGAGGAGGCGGGCAUCGCUCAUCGGGCAGCACGGGAGUUCAUGGAGGUCUAUGUUGAGUGCCCAGCCAUCAUCCCCCGCUGCAUGUGGGGUGCCCGUCCCUACCGGGGCACCCCCAGCCCCUUGUCCCCACCUUUGGGUUCCAUCUACAUCCACCACACCUUCGUGCCCAGCACCCCAUGCCGCUCCUUCGCCGCCUGCGCACGCGACAUGCGCUCCAUGCAGCUCUUCCACCAGGACAUCCGUGGCUGGGAUGACAUCGGCUACAGCUUCGUGGUGGGUUCGGAUGGAUACCUGUACCAAGGGCGAGGUUGGCACUGGGUGGGUGCCCAUACCAGAGGUCACAACACCAAGGGUUACGGAGUGGGCUACGUGGGCAACUUCUCAGCCAGCUUGCCGGAUCCCCAGGCCAUCGCUUUGGUGCGCGAUGGCCUCAUACCAUGUGCCGUGAGGGCUGGGUGGCUCCACCAGAACUACACUCUGCAUGGCCACAGGCAAAUGGUGAACACCAGCUGCCCCGGGGAUGCCCUGUUCCAGGAGAUCCAAACCUGGCACGGCUUCAAGUGAGGAUUGGCCCCAUGGGUGCUGGUCCACGUGGGUGCUACGAAGGUUGGAUCCCAGUCUGCAUGGAUGGUGGUCUGAUGGGGGACAGACAGACACCGUAAGAACUCGAUCCCAAUGAUUCCAAUCUGCGUGGAGCCUGGCCCAUGGGGAUGCCAACCCAAUGAAGUCAGACCACGCGGAUCCCAGGCUGUGUGGACAACAACCCAAUGGAUAUCAGACCAGACGGACCCUGGUCCGUACAGACCCCAACCCAAUGAAUUCCAGAUCAGAAAUUCCCCAGUCCGCAUGGAGCCCAACUCAGUGGAUGUCAGAACAGAUGGACUCUGCUCCAUAUGGACUCCAACCCAAUGAAUUCCAGACCGGAAGGAUCUCAAUCCACAUGGACCCCAACCCAAGGAUGCCAGACCAGGACACCGGUCUCCGGAAUGGUGUGGACCAGUCCUGGCUUGCUCCCAACAGACCAUGGCCCAUGGCCUCAAACAUCCCAUAAUAAAGUCAGUGCCAGG